AUUUCCUCUCUCUCUCUCUCUCUCUAACUUGGAAAAAUCUUCCUCCCAAAUGCAAAAACCAGGAAACCCACCAUCAAGAAUGCUCGAUUUAACCGUAUCUUCUUUCACCGACCCAUGUUCAGAAGAGAACCAGACCAAUUCCACCAUGGAAGAGGCCCUGGAAUCGAUCCUCCAAGCCUGUGAAUUAUCCAGAAAGCUCCAAACUGACCUCCCAAACUUGGCGAAACACAGAAAUCUUCUAAUCGAUUCUUGUUCAGAGAUUGUAAAGAGCUUGAAUUUAGCCAUGAAUCAACUGAGCAACUCACACCCAUCUCUCUCUAAUUUAGAGAGAGGUUAUCCCUGGGCAAUUCAGUCGCCGAAAGGGAAGAGAGAGGUUGUAGAGUUGAUGGAGAUUUCCCCUGAGAGUCAUGACAUCGAAGUCUUUCGUUCUCCUGCAACUGAGAGUGCAAAGAAGAGGAAGGGGGGGAGAGAGAGUUCUAUCCUCAGGGUUUGUGCACCACGCAUAGAAGGGGCCAUGGACACCCUGCCAGAGGAUUCAUUCACCUGGAGGAAGUACGGGCAAAAAGAAAUCCUCAAUUCCAAAUUCCCCAAGAGCUAUUAUAGGUGUGCCCACAGGACCACAGGAUGUGAGGCCAAGAAAUAUGUCCAAAGACUGGACAAUGAUCCACAGAUAAUUGAAGUCACUUAUUUGGGGCGUCAUAUUUGCCAGGCUUCAAGGCCUGAAUUCCAAGCAGAAAUGAGAGCUAAAUUUGAAGGAACCAUCCAUAAUUCAGAGAAAGUAGAGGAAAUCCCCACUGCCUCUGUGGCUAAAUCCUCAGAAACUUUAAUGACUACUGGUUUUAAGAGUGGGAAAAUGGAGACUAGAGAAGGCUCAGAGUCCCCUAUAUUGGACUACACAGAUGUGAUGUUUACUGGUCCAAGUGGUGGCAUCAAUAUGGAUUCCAUUUUCUCUUGCUCUCCAAAGCACGAGGAUUGAAUUAGUGAAAAAAGCACAAACCCCAUUCACACUAUGGAGUCCAUUUUGGAAAAGGAGAGGUCUAUUUUAAAUUUUUUAUUUUAUUUUUAUGCUUUUAGUUAUUUUGGGAGCUCAAACCCCAUUCACAUUGAUAGAUGAUGACAAGCCAAGAGAGCUAUAGAGCUUUUCCUUUUAAUA